AAUCUUAUUUUUUCAAAUUUUGACGAAAUUUUGAAAGUUGAUGAACUUUUCCUUGGAAACGGAUGAACAUUUUCCAAAACUGAUUAAUUUUUUUAAGAUUUGUGAACUUUUUAUUCAGUUCAAUGAAUUUUUCUAAAAGCGAUGAACUUUUUUUCAAUUUUGAUGAACGGUUUUUACAAUUUCUGUAUUUGUAUUGUUUGAGUUUUUUUCCAAUUUGAUAAACAAUUUUAAACUCAUGAAUAUAUUUAAUAAAUUUCUGAACUUUUUAUUAUUUCAUGAACAUAUUCGCUGUCGCGCAAACUGGAGGUCGAUCUUUUUUCUUGUACUAGCAGUCCAACGAGUGGAAUUUGUGGGGCGAACAAUUAGUUUUUGAGGGAGCAAAUGGUGAUUAAUGGGCCGCGGCUCGCUCCUGGUUGUUGUAGGCGCCACUUCUCCUAACGGGCGCCUACCGCACCGAAUAGGAGGGGGCUCCCAUGGAAACGAGCGAACGGGUUAAGACGAUUGAGCCAGCGAGCGGCAAAUCGUAAUGCGUAAUGGGGCACGGCCUGCAGGAACGCACGUGAGCCCAUUUCCUUCCGGACAAGACUGAAUUGGUCAAUUCGGCAGCGGUCGCGAGGGAACCCAUCCAACCGCCGUCUCUAUGGCCUACAACGGCGAGCCGCCGGUGCCGGUGCCGGUGCCGGUGGUGGUCGCCAACGUCGACCACCACCCAGCGCCCCUCAUUGGUCUCUUCUUCGACUCACCGCUUCAACAUGUCUUUCACAGUGGCCUCCCCUGCACCCCCGCCUUCGCUCCCGCCCACCGGAGCAAUCCGGAUCUCGUGGCCGCCAUCUUGAGCGGUGACUUCUUCCUCACCACCCUCCAGGCGCGCGAUCACCAGCAAGCUUUGUGGUCCGUCUUAGACGCCCGUGGCGGCUACCUUCUCCUCCGCGGGGGCGGGACAUUGCUCGCGCUGCUAAACCCCUUGGCACGGCGGUGCGAACGCAUCUUUGAUCUGAGGGACACCCACAUCUUCGACGACGACGACUACCUCGAAGGUGAUCUAGGACUCGCUUACGGUGGCCUGAUCUGCGAUGACGAAAACCCCACGAGCUUUCGCAUCUUCUGUCUUGCUUCCCAUGGAGAGUUCAGGUUGCGGGCUGCGGUCUUCUUCUCGUUCUUGGGAAUGGGCGGCAAUUGGUUCCUCUCCCCAUGGUUGGAUGUCCCGCACCAUCCCCAUGGUCUUUCGCUUGAUAACGGCAUGCGAGUGGGUAAUUUCAUCUAUUGGCCUUACCGGAAUCGUUCGUACGUGGUUGUCUUGGACCCCGACCCAAACAACCCGCGAUUGUUUGUUGAGAUGAUCCCACCUCUCCUGAAUCUGAAUGGUUUUCUCAGCUCGGUCCUUGGCCAAAUUAAUGGCGGUAACAUGUGCAUUGCUUAUUCAAAUGGAUUCAACAUCGGUUUCAUGCUGCGUCAAGAAUAUGGCCUUGAUGCUGGGGCAUGGGCUAACAUCAGGGUACUCAACCUGACUGAUCCAAUUAAUGCUAAGUUUCCGCCAUUACCCGAGAAUCGGCUGGAAAUUGCGGCAAUGCGGGGUAGCAUCCUGUACUUGACAACAUCAGAGAUGUUCCAUGGGCCUCAUGUCCUUUCUUGGUUCGCUUGUCUGUGCUUGGAAAGUGGCAGGCUGGAGUGGUUGUUUGCGAGGAUGUAUGAUGGUUUCUUCCAACCAUACCACCAUUCAUCGUGGAGUACUUCUCUGUUACCAGAGUGUGAAAGAUUUGAUCCCUUCAUAUGAGGAAUGAUGACAACCAGGGAAGGAUAAUCUGUGGAUUGCCUUGUUCUCCUGCUAAACCAAAACACCCAGCUAUCAUCCAGAACUUAUCUUCUUUGGACCUGAAGGUCCUGACGAAGUUCCUUGAUAUUCAGGAUUCAGUGACAAGUCAAUCCUGUAUUUUGAUCGUUUAUUGUAAUUGUUGUUGUCUUCUGUUACCAAACUUACCAUUUACAUUGUGGGUGAAUUACUUCAUCUGUUCCUUGACAUUCAGGAUUCAGUGAUUACUCAAUCAUGUGUAUUUUGAUCGUU